GCGAGACUUCCUCCGCCCCCUUUUGUGGCCUUCUUUCCCAGGAAUCCUUACAUCCACACACGCCAGCUUACUUAGAUCAAAAAGGAAGAAGAAAUAAAAACAAAAGAUUCUUUUCCUCCCGAUCACGCAUUACCCACCCCCAUCCUCCUGGGAUCUGCUCCUGCUCCCAAAGGUUAUAUUCGUGUACUCUUUCCGCAGAUUUCCCGCUAGGAAGCUAAGCAAAUCUCUCCACAACACACCCGGAACACCAUGAAUGUAUUCCGCUUCCUAGGAGACAUCUCUCAUCUAUUAGCUAUAAUCAUCUUGCUGCUGAAGAUCUGGAAGACAAGAUCAUGUGCUGGGAUUUCUGGGAAGAGCCAAAUUCUUUUUGCCAUUGUCUUCACCACUCGGUACCUAGACCUCUUCACCAACUACAUCUCCUUGUACAACACGUCCAUGAAGGUGGUUUAUAUUGCAUGCUCCUAUGCCACAGUGUGGAUGAUCUAUAGCAAAUUCAAAGCCACCUAUGAUGGCAACCAUGACACCUUCCGAGUGGAGUUCCUGAUCGUUCCCACAGCAGUGUUAGCUUUCCUAGUGAAUCAUGAUUUCACUCCCCUAGAGAUUCUCUGGACUUUCUCCAUCUAUCUGGAGUCGGUGGCUAUCUUGCCACAGCUCUUCAUGGUCAGUAAGACAGGUGAGGCCGAGACCAUCACAAGUCACUAUCUCUUCGCCUUGGGUGUCUACCGUGCCCUCUACUUGUUCAACUGGAUUUGGCGUUACCAGUUUGAGGGCUUCUUCGACCUCAUUGCCAUUGUGGCUGGCUUGGUGCAAACCAUACUCUACUGUGAUUUCUUCUACCUCUACAUUACAAAAGUUCUAAAAGGCAAGAAGUUGAGUUUGCCGGCAUAGUUCACACUGAGCCCAUGACAAAGAUACUUUGGCCGAGAAGGAUAAGGGGAAUCCUUCACAGGAAGUUAAAAACAAAGUUUCUGGGUUUUUUUCUUUUUUUAUUCUUACCAACGAAGUUAAGUCACCUGUUGAUCUCUUCUUGCACCCUGAACUUUUACCUGAGUGUGAUUUGGGUCAAAACAAUGGAUUGUCCUUCUGCUCAAGAGACUGAUAUAGAAGGGGUGAGGUGGGCAACAGCUUGGACUCCAAGCUUAUAAUGACUACUGCUGGUGAUAUAUAGGUGGUAGGUUUCUCAAGGGCCCUUUUUAUCAUUGACCUCACUUUCUAUACUCCUGACUCUAUUUUGGUAAUGAACUGCCACAGCUAGGAAAUAUUUUUAAAACAACAACUACUACAACAACAACUGGACAUCUCCCUCCUCUCACAUUGUGCUCAUGUUUUGGGCUUUGGGUUGACCACAGCUAUGAAGAAAUCUGAGUGCCGUGGGUCUAUCCAGAUAAACAGGAGCACUUACAAAUUUAAUCUAUUUUCUUUAGAUACUGAUUAUUUUUCUCUAUUUUUAAAAAAAUAUUGCUGGCAAGAAAAGACCACCCUAAUACAUUCUUACACUUGCUUCAUUUUGAAUAUUAUUUGAUGGUUAAUUCCUCAUCUACUUUAAAUAAAACAAGCAACCAUCAUCCCAAAUAAUUAGUGCCUUUGUGGGAGGGAUGGGAAUUUAAAUAAAAAGAAAUCUGUUUUGUU